AUAUCUUCCGAUGAUUUUUCUUCCUGCUUCCUAAACACUAUUUUUGCGGUCUAGAUGAGAAGUAUUAAUCAGUCAUUUGGUUGCGUUUGAACUAAUCGCCAGGUAACAAAAUGCUUAUCUCCGUAUUCUUGUUGACGAUGUUGACAGGCUCUUUCUUAAGAUCUGUGCUGUCAGAAAACAGAGACGAAAACAGAAUCAAAGCACUGGAAGAUAAAGUUCUGCAACUUCAGAAAUUAGUGACCGACCAGAGGCCGUUCAAUGACGUACAGGGAAUACCUCGAGAUUGUUCAGAGAUAUACUGGAACGGUACGCGACAGGACGGUGUGUAUAUCGUUUCUCCAGAUGGAAGUUGUCCGUUUCCGGUGUAUUGUGAAAUGUCAUCUGGUGGAUGGACCGUAAUUCAGAAACGGGUUAAUGGGAUUGUGAACUUCUACAGACCAUGGACAGACUAUGUACAAGGUUUUGGUAACGUCUCAUCGGAACAUUGGCUCGGCCUUGACCGCAUCCACAGACUGACGUCACACGGCGCCGAGAUUUACUUCGACAUGGACACUUGGGAAGGCGGGAAACGGUUUGCUCACUACAAGGUCUUCACCGUUCACGAAGCAGCCACGGCAUACCGCAUGAAUGUGGAUGCCUUUGGGUACCAGGGGUCCAUCAACGAACUCUUCAGCUACCAUAACAACUUUAAAUUUUCUACCUUUGACCGCGACAACGAUGCAAAUGCCGGGAACUGCUGCGAUGCACUGAACGGGGGUGGGUGGUGGUACAAUAACUGUGCCAAGCUUGGGAUGGUGAAUGGUGUGUAUGGGAAGCGGGGAGUAGGCGGCAUUGGGUAUCAGGACAGUGCCGGUGCAAACGUACCGAUCAAAAAUGUAACCGUGAAGAUACGCCCUAUGAACGGGACGUGUGGACACGUGUACUAACUUAUGUUUGUUAACAAAUACCAAUAGUGAAAAAAGAAUCGAAUACACAUUUACAUCAUUAUUAUAAUGAAUACAAUACAUAUGUCAAGCGACACAAGUUUGAAUUGCAGAAAAAAGAUCAACAAUUGCUACAAAUCGCUUUGCAAAACCUCUUCAGAAUAAAUUAAAAAUACA